CUAUGCUUGAUCCACAGCGGCCAUUACUGAGCAUACAACAAACGAAACACAUAACGACGAAACUAUCAUCAUUUAAAACGUAACAUAAAUUUAAAAUGAAUCUAAAAUCUUCAAACGAAGAAAAAAAUCAAGCAACAAUAAAUCAAUCGAUGAUUAUGACAAAAAAAUCACCAUUUGAAAAUUGUAAUUUAUUUGUCCGUAUUUAUAACCUUUGGGUAUUACCAUUGUUCAUAAAAGGUAUUCAUAAUGAAAUUCAACUAUCCGAUCUACCAAAAUGUUCACAAUCCGAUGAUUCGGGACAAUUAUCCAAUAUUCUUGAACAUUAUUGGCAAUUAGAAUUGAAACGUCCAAAACCAAAUUUUAUUCGUGCAACACUUCGAUCAUUUCCAUGGCAUCUUAUUGGCAGUAUUCUAAUAACAAUUAUAAGAGAAUGUUUCCUUAGAUCAAUUCAACCCUUACUAUUAUCACGUGUGAUUCGAUUUUUUUCACAUCCAAAUGAUGAGGAAUUUCAAUCAGCUUGCCUUUAUCUAUUGGCUAUGGUGUGUAUACCAUUUUUUUGUAUUCUAUUAAGACAUCCAGAUAGAUAUUUAGCAAUCAGAUGUGCAAUUAAAAUUCGUGUUGCAUGGUGUACAAUGAUUUAUCGUAAAGCUAUUCGCCUACAUCAACAGGCAUUUCGUCAAACAACUAUUGGUCAAAUAUUGAAUCUAAUUUCAAAUGAUGUUACACGUAUUGAUCAGUUUUGUAAUUAUUCAAGCUACAUAAUCGUUUCUCCUUUAAUGUUUAUCGUACGAAUGUACAUCUGUUAUAUUUAUAUUGGUUCAUAUUGUUUUAUUGGAUUAUUUUUAUUAUUGUUAGUCAUUCCGUUGAAUAUGAUAACUGGACGUAUUUUUCAAUUAUUACGGAAAAAAAUUGCAAAAACUUCCGAUACACGAUUAAGAAUCAUUUCGGAUAUAUUAAAAGGAAUUCGUGUAAUCAAAAUGUAUGCAUGGGAAGAACAUUUUAGCCGUCUUGUUGAUCAUGCAAGAAAUCAAGAAAUAAUUCAAAUAAAAUUGGGUAUAAUAUUGAAAGCUAUCAAUUCAGUAAUAGCAUUCAUAUCUAGUCAUAUAAUUCUAUUUGCAAUGUUAUCUGCCUAUGUAAUUUAUGAUGGAAAUCUAUUGAAUGCUGAUCAAGUAUUUGUCAUAAUGAAUGUGAUUGAAACAACUAGCUGUGUAUCAUCAAGAGGAUUGCCCAUAGCAUUGACAUUAUUAUUUGAAAUGUUUGCUUCAUGUGAUCGAAUUCAGGAUUUUCUUCUCUUGGAAGAAUUCAGUCCAAAAACGAUCACAUAUCAAAAUGAAACAUCAGAAUUAAAGGAGGAUAAAAUGGCUAUAAAAAUGGAAAAUGUUUCAGCGGUUUGGAUGGCAGAAAAUAAACAACCAGCUCUUGAUAAUAUAAUAUUGAAUGUCGAACCCGGUGAAUUAGUGAUGGUUAUUGGUUCGAUUGGUUCAGGCAAAAGUACGUUUCUUAUGUCAUUAAUGAAUGAAAUUCCAAUCACAAAAGGUUCGAUCAAAUUAAAUGGCCGUAUUGCUUAUGUUGCUCAAGAUCCAUGGAUAGUGAAUGGAAGUAUUCGUGAUAAUAUACUUUUUGGUAGAGAAUAUGAUAAAAACAAAUAUAAAACUAUUAUCGAUGUAUGCGGAAUGCAAUAUGAUCUUGAACAGUUACCACAUGGUGAUCGAAGUUUAGUAGGUGAACGAGGUGUAUCAUUAAGUGGUGGACAAAAAAUUCGAUUAACAUUAGCUCGUGCAUUGUAUAGUGAAGCGGAUAUUUAUCUGUUGGAUGAUCCAUUGAGUGCUGUAGAUGUUAAAGUGGCCAAUCACAUAUUUGAAAGAUGUAUAAUGAAUUAUUUAAAAUCAAAGACAAUUAUUUUGGUUACACAUCAAUCACAAUUCAUAAAGAAUGCAUCAAAAAUACUUGUAUUAGAUAAUGGAAGACAAUUAAUAUUUGAUCAUUAUGAUGAAAUUAUCAAAUCAAAAUCAAUUAAUCUUGAAUCAUUUUUACAACCGAAAAAUAUUGUUGAAAAUAUUUCCGAAAUUUCCACAAAUGAUUCAAUGACCAUCGGUAAUGUUUAUUCGGAUAAUCAACAAAAAAGUUCAACACCGAAAAUUGUAGAAGAAACUAAAACAAGUAAAGGAUCAAUCAAAAGAGAAAUAUAUUGGAAAUAUAUUCGGGCCGGUGUUGGACCGUUUCGAUUUCCAUUAAUGAUCGUUGCAAUUAUUUCUACAUCAUCUUUAUAUUAUUAUACGGAUAUUUGGCUUUCACAAUGGACGAAUCGUAAUGAACACUUGAUAAUGGGAAAUAAUUCACAAAUAGAUUUAAUGAAUAUAAAAGAUCAUCGUUUUAAUGAUGUAAUGAUUUAUUCAACUUUAGUUACCAGCAUUUUAAUCGCUAUGAUUAUACAAACAAUAACCAUAUUUAUUAUGUGCAUCAAUGCAUCGAUUCAUUUACAUAAAAAAUUAUAUUGCAGUUUGAUUCGUGUACCGAUUUCAUUUUAUGAUAAUGUUCCUAUCGGACGUAUAAUGAAUCGUUUUGCAAAAGAUAUUGGAAUUAUUGAUGAACAAUUACCACAAUCAGUAAAUGAUUUACUUAAUUUCAUAGUAUCAUUAUUGGGAGUAACAAUUAUCGUAUCCAUUGCACAUUGGUAUCUUAUGUUUCCGGCUUUCAUUAUGAUUGCAUCCAUUCUAAUUAUUCGUCGUUUAUAUACAAUGGUAGCACAAGAUUUAAAUCGUUUUGAAAAUAUUGCUCGAAAUCCAUUAUUCAAUCAUAUGACAAUGACAUUGAAUGGUUUGCCAACAAUUCGUUCAUUCAAUGUAAACGAUGAAUUUAUCCAUCAAUUUUAUCGCUAUCAAAAUGAUCAUACAGCUAUUUAUUUUACUUGUUUUGCUUCGAUGAAAUUUACUGGCAUUUGUUUGGAUUUGAUUUGUAUGAUUUAUAUGAUCAUUAUUAGCAUUUUUAUAAUGAUAUCCUAUAAAGACAUACAAAGUGGAACUGCAGGCCUAAUAUUAUCAACAAUACUUGGAUUAAUCGGUAAAACUCAACCAGGAAUUAGAGCAACUAUAGAGGCUGAAAAACGAAUGAUUUCGGUUGAAAGAAUUCUGGAAUAUACAGAUUUAGAAUCCGAAGCACCAUUAAAAUCGAAUUAUAAAUUUCCAUCAAUAUGGCCUGAAAAUGGUCGAAUUAUUUUCGAUCACGUUUAUCUUUAUUAUAAUCAUUCAGCAAAACCAGUACUAAAAGAUGUUUGUUUCGAAAUUCAUGGUGGUGAAAAGAUUGGUAUUGUUGGUCGAACUGGUGCUGGAAAAAGUUCGAUAAUAACAGCAUUGUUUCGAAUGGUUGAAAUCAAUGGUAAAAUCAUAAUCGAUAGUGUUAAUUGUCGUGAUAUUGGAUUACAUGAAUUACGAUCAAAAAUAUCAAUUAUUCCACAGGAACCUGUUGCAUUUAUAGGAUCUUUAAGAAAAAAUCUUGAUCCAUUCGACGUACAUAGUGAUGAAGAAAUAUGGAAUGCAUUGGAAAAAGUUCAGAUAAAAAAAGUUGUUAAUGAAAUGUACGAAAAACUUGAAUAUCAAUUAUCGGAAGGAGGUGAUAACCUGAGCGUUGGUCAACGUCAACUAAUCUGUUUGGCACGUGCAUUAUUACGACGAAAUAAAAUUCUCAUAUUGGAUGAAGCUACAGCCAAUGUUGAUAAUCAUACUGAUUCUUUAAUACAACAAACUAUUCGUAAUAAUUUCAGCGAUUGUACUGUUAUAACAAUAGCACAUCGAUUGAAUACAAUUAUCGAUUCAGAUCGAAUAAUAGUGAUGGAUGCUGGUCGUGUUGAACAAUUUGAUACACCUUUGAAUCUUAUUCAAAAUGAACAGGGAAUAUUUUACAAUUUAAUUCAACUAUCCGGACCUCAAAUGAUUGAAAAAUUGAAAUCCAUAGCGAACGACAAAAAACAUGCAAUAAUAUAAUAAAAUGAAUACAAGUUUUAUUUCAAAUUUUCAAAACCAAA